UCACAUUUACAGGGACUGAACGGUAAAAGCGUUAGGAAUGUGGAUUCAAGAAAAUUUUCUUGUAUGAUAAAGAACAGAAAAAUCUUGGAUUAAUUCUUGUCUGUUUUCAAUUAAUGGUUUUCUGUAUGCAAAAUUCAAGAAUCGUCUAGUGGGUAGAGGUAUUAGUUGGUAAUUUUUGUACUUUCUGGAUUUCAUUGACUGGAAAAGUAGAAAAAGGAGAUAUGAUUGGAUUCCAAAAAGGUUUAUGCAUGCGGUUUUGAAUUGGGCAAAAAUUUUAGAGCUUUGGUUUUAAUCAGUUUUUAUUUUUGAUAUGAAUUUGAUUCCCAAGUGAGAUGCAUUAGCUCCCUCUUCUUUUCAUUUUCUUCUUGCAGCAAUUCUAUUAAUAUAAUCAAUGUAAUGUUAGAGUCUGUUUACAUUGGCAGAAGAAAACAAAGAAUGUGAAGCUAGAGCCUAUGCUGUAAAAAUUUGAGCAUAAUUUUAUGAUGAAGUUUUGUGGGCCUGUUCUGUUAAAACUGUUCUUAUCAAGUAGGGCAUACGGUUAACUGGGUUUUGUUGGAUUUAGAAAUUACAUUUUUUGCACUCCUAUUAUUCAUUGUAGGUUUCUGGGUUUUUCUUCUUUGUUUGGUUUCUUAAUUGUCUCUUUCAUAUCUCACUAUCUAAAACCCUAAUUACCAUACACUAUUCAAUUCACCGUCACAUUAAUUUCUGUAUAUGCAGUUUUUUUUAUUCGGUUUAAACUGCAAUUUAUUGCAUCCUUGAUUUAAUGGUUUUCAGAUAUUUCUCAUGGUCUAACUGAACUUUGUUGCUUUUCAUUCAACAAUAGGUCAGCAAUUCACAAGCGUCCAAUUUUUGAAUUGUGGAGCAAAUCACCAUUGAAUUCUUCACAUACUCUGCUGGGGUUUUGUGAUUUUUAUUGGAGGUGAUCUCUGGUUCAGCACUCUUGGCCUUUUUAGGGGUUCCUCUGUAUCUAUUCUUCCUUACCUCUAUCUCCUGACACAUCCUGAUUUCCCAUAAUUUUAGUCUACCAUCUAUCCAGUUGUUGGUGAUACCAAUUAUAGAAAUAAUUCAGAUCUAAGUUUCAAGAACUGUUCUAGAAAAUCCCUGCUUUUUGAGAUUGGCUUAUAGGUUAGCCUACCUUCUAAAGCACCUUGGGUAGAUUUCUUUCCUUGUGUUGUGAGUGUAUUCCGGAUUGGGGAUUCAAACAAGUCUAGAUGACUGUGGAUGAAGUGGGCUGUAGCUCUUUGUGGACCAGAGAGCAGGAUAAGGCAUUUGAGAAUGCUCUUGCAACAUAUCCUGAGGAUGCUCCAGAUCGUUGGGAGAAAAUUGCAGCUGAUGUACCUGGGAAAACUCAAGAAGAGAUUAAACUUCACUAUGAACUUCUGGUUGAAGAUUUGAAUCAGAUAGAAGCUGGCUGUGUGCCUCUGCCUAACUACUCUUCUUCAGAGGGUUCAGUGAGCCAUGCUGGCGAUGAAGGAACUAGUAAGAAGGGUGGCCACUUGGGACAUCAUAACAGUGAGUCUGCUCAUGGAAAUAAGGCGUCUCGGUCAGAUCAAGAACGUCGUAAAGGAAUUGCUUGGACUGAGGAUGAGCACAGGUUAUUUCUUCUUGGUUUGGACAAGUAUGGGAAAGGUGAUUGGCGAAGUAUUUCAAGAAACUUUGUUGUGACAAGAACACCUACACAAGUGGCUAGCCAUGCGCAAAAGUAUUUCAUUCGUUUGAACUCAAUGAAUAAGGAUAGGAGGCGAUCCAGCAUACAUGACAUCACCAGUGUGGGCAAUGGAGACAUUUCAGCGCCACAAGGACCAAUAACUGGUCAAACAAAUGGUUCUGCUGCAGGAGGGUCUGCUGGUAAAGCGGCCAAACAACCACCUCAACAUCCUGCUGGACCCCCAGGAGUCGGUGUGUAUGGUCCUCCAACCAUAGGGCAACCAAUAGGAGGGCCCCUUGUUUCAGCGGUUGGUACCCCUGUUAAUCUUUCUGCCCCCACACCCAUGGCUUAUGGCGUUAGAGCCCCAGUACCAGGAACAGUAUCAGGAGUGGUACCUGGUGCACCAAUGAGCAUGGUUCCUAUGACAUAUCCAAUGCCACCCACAACUGCUCAUAGGUGAUAUGCAUGGUUUAGCCGUAAAAUGUACAAAAACAGAAGACUAGUUGCUUGUGUUACUGUUGGUUUAGUGGCUUCUCAAUUUUAGCCUGAAUAAGACUGCAUAGUUACAAGCAAAAGUUGUCUGAUGUCAUUUGUUUAUUCUGGUAGCAAUAUCAAAUAAGCCAAUAGGGAGGGAAACUACAUCAUUUUUAUAGGCAGCAGCUGUGGAAAUAUGGCAGCAUUUAUGGUUAGAACAGCAAUUUAGUUACCUUUUUUGGUUUUACAUAACAAAGCUUAGUCUCAAUAAUAGUCAGUUAAUGGUAUUUUACUUUUAAUGGCCAAAAUAGUAAAGAACCCAUAUAUACUUUUUACUA